AUGAAAUAUCCUCCCACCACUUGGGAAGAAAUCCAUAAUGCCUAUUGUGCCGAAGUAAAGGCAGAUGAGGACGACCUAAAUGGUCCGAUUCAAUGGCUAACAUCAGUCCAAAUCGAAACAAGGAGAGAUCGCCACAAUGAUGGCCGAAGGGAUCAAUUACCCCGUUUCAGUCAAGAAAGGCACCAACCCUACAUCCGUACAUCCAUACCACCUCCUCCCCGACAUGGAGAUGCCACUCCUCGACACACCGCGCCACACCGAAACGAAAGAGAAAUAGUGUAUGCACUAGAAAAGCUCGACACAAAGGUACAGUGGCCGCAAAAGAUGAAAUUCGAUCCGAGCACCCGGAGAUCGAAUGUUCUGUGCGAAUUCCAUCAGGAAAGAGGGCAUAAGACCGAUGACUGCAUAGGCCUGCGACAGGAAGUAGUAAGAAUGCUAAACCAGGGACACCUGAAGGAACUGCUGAGCGAUCGGGGACGGGUUAACUUUGCCCGUGGAUGCGACCAACCUCAAGGACCCCCAAAACCAUCUUUACCGGCUCGUACCAUACAAAUGAUCAUCGGCGGCAGCGAUGAUACAGUAACCAACCAUGUAAAAUUCACCACUACACACAAACUUAAGCGGACAGUCGCUCACGAACGGUACGACGGCCUCGAAGACAGUAUCAUCUUCGAUAAGUCGGAUACCAACGGUUUGUCUUUACCUCACUAUGAUGCUCUAGUUAUAACUUUACGUGUCGCGGACACCGAUGUAAAAAGAAUAAUGGUAGAUGGCGGAAGCGGUGCGUGUAUUAUUCACCCACGAGUCCUCAUACAGAUGAGACUCGAGGAUAAAAUAAUACCGCACUGCAUAACGCUAACGGGUUUUAAUAAUGCAGCAGAACGAACCUCUAGGGAGAUAGUGCUGCCCAUUCUGGCAGGAGGAGUCACACUGGAAACGACCUUUCACGUCAUGAACCAGGAAACAACCUACAAUGCUAUCAUAGGGCGCCUAUGGAUACACGCUAUGAGAGCCAUCCCAUCAAGUUUCUAUUAA